AUGGUUAAUAAGGCCAAAAAACGUAAAACUUCUCUCUCAAGGGCUCCAUUGAGGAUUGCCUAUGAUGAAGAUUUACAAUUUAGGGCACACAUGGACUCCGUGAUUGACGAACUCUUCAAAACCAUCGCAGCUUUGGCUUCCGCUGAUUCAAAUGCGGAAUCUCUGAGCUUUGACGAAUUUUAUAAUGCUACAAUGCGAAUUGGUAUCAAGAUACAAAAGAUGGAACUAGAAAGGGUGCUAAGGUGUACUCUACAUGGAAGUAGACACCCGGACAUACUCAAGGAAUACAAUCUAGAACUCAAAAGGACGGUUGAUGGAAAAAAUAUCGUUGACAAAUGGGCUCAUAAGGAUGUUUACAAGGUACUCGAGGAGAAAAUUACAAGAGAAGUCAUAAAAGAACUCUUCCUAGGCUCCAAAUUGAGGUUGCACAAUGGAGCAAUUGUCUAA